ACAGCCUACUAUCCUGACCCUCCAAUGUAUAUGUACCUCUAGUCACCAUCCUGUUGGCUCAUCCUUUCCAACACACCACCGGUCCUGGAUCCCCCAACCUCGGUCCUGGAGACGCCUGAGUCUACAGCAGCGCACGAUCUGCUUUAUUUCCAGCCUAUAUCUGAAUGACGGGCGGAAGGUUUGACUUCGACGACGGUGGCACGUACUGCGGGGGGUGGGAGGAUGGCAAAGCCCACGGACACGGCAUCUGUACCGGACCCAAGGGCCAGGGCGAGUACGCCGGAUCCUGGUCCCACGGCUUUGAGAUAGUAGGGGUGUACACCUGGCCCAGCGGGAAUACCUACAAGGGCUACUGGUCCCAGGGAAAGAGGCAUGGUCUCGGUGUGGAGAACAAGGGAAAGUGGAUCUACCGCGGAGAGUGGAGUCAUGGUUUUAAGGGUCGGUACGGCAUUCGGCAGAGCCACAACACACCUGCAAGAUACGAUGGUACCUGGAGCAACGGGCUGCAAGAUGGAUAUGGGAUCGAAACCUAUGGCGAUGGGGGUACCUAUCAAGGCCAGUGGAUGGGUGGGAUGCGGCAUGGCUACGGCGUACGUCAGAGUGUUCCUUAUGGCAUGGCCACCGUUAUCCGCUCUCCACUUCGUACAUCUUUGGCCUCCCUGCGCUCUGAGCAGAGCAACGGCACAGUGCUUCAGGACCUCUCAUCUCCUGCAGACACGCCAACAGGCAGCCGUGGUGGCUUUGUCCUUAACUUCCACUCAGACAGCGAGGUUGUCACCGGCAAGAAGAAGGGCCUGUUCCGCCGGGGUUCACUCUUCGGCAGCCUUAGGCAGUUGCGCAAGUCUGACUCUCGGACCUCAAUCUCCAGCAAGCGCAGCUCUGCACGCAGUGAUGCCACCAUGAGCCGCAUCAGCUCUAGUGAUGCCAACUCUACCAUAUCCAUUGGUGACGGAGAGCUGCCAGAUGAGGACCUACUUCAGGAGGACCAUGUGGAUGCCACCACGACCGAGACCUACAUGGGCGAAUGGAAGAACGACAAACGCAAUGGAUUUGGUGUUUCAGAGAGAUCCAAUGGGAUGAAGUAUGAGGGAGAAUGGCUUAACAACAAGCGCCAUGGUUACGGGUGCACAGUUUUCCCAGAUGGCACCAAAGAAGAAGGGAAGUACAAAAAUAACGUGCUGGUGCGUGGAAUAAGGAAGCAAUUGAUUCCUCUUAAGAACCCCAAAACGAAAGAGAAGGUGGAUCGGGCCGUGGAGGGGGCACAGAGGGCAGGAGCCAUUGCCAGGAGUAAAGUGGAAAUAGCAUCUUCCAGAACGGCCCAUGCCAGGACAAAAAGUGAGGCUGCAGACCAGGCUGCCAUCUCUGCUGUGCACGACUCUGAAAUUGCCAGGGCGGUUGCCAGGGAGCUCUCCCCCAACUUUUACCAACCAGGACCUGACUACCUAAAACAACAGUUGAAGGAGCCUGUGGAGAUUAAAGAGGUCCCAGUUGAAAAGAAGGAAAGAUCCCCAAAAGAUUCUCCUCACUUUUACCGCAAAGGUACCACUCCUCCCCGCUCCCCUGCUACCAGUCCUGGAGGGUCGCCUCCCCCCUCGCCUCACUCCAGCAAGAAGAAAGGCAACAGCUCCAGCCGCAAAACCAGCAAAGAGGAAAAACCUUCUCGCAAGACAAGCAAAGAAGAGAAGUCAAGUCAUAAAACUAGCAAGGAAGAACGGUCUAGCAGGAAGCUGAGUAAAGAGGAGAAGCUGUCCAUCGUUGAUGGGCCUAAAAUGCACACUGAGGCUCCACCUAAACCCGCUAAAGGUCAGCAGUCUGCCCCAGCACCUACUCCUCCUCCACAGCCUCCUGCAAUCCCAGUCAAUGGCCAACUCCACAGCGAGUACCACAGUUACUACGUCAAAGCCCCUAUAAGGGCCCCUCCACCCCCAGAACCUGAGGAGGAUCCAGAGGAAGAGCUUAGUGCCCUGGCCCUGGCACGUAUGCCUCCACAACCACCCAAGUCCUACGGUACCCCCACUCCCAAGCAAGGCUCCUUACGGGAGAGCAAGAGUGACCCCAAACUCAGGAAGCAGGAUUCCCUAAAGCCAAAGAGCCUCGCAGACACAAAGAAAGCCAGUAUGGAGAUUGCAGAUAGCACGGAAGAAACAGGUCCUAACUCAAUCCUUGUUGCUAUGGUAAUGCUGUUGAAUAUUGGCCUUGCAAUUAUAUUUGUCCAUUUUCUGACAUGAUGAUGCUGUUUCUCAGUGAAACCAUGGGAACCAGUACAGUUGCAUCGCCGGCCUUGAAAACAGAAAAUGGCGCCAGUGAGACAUGGGGGCAGCUGUAGGUGUUUAGGAAUCAGCAUGACACCGAAGAGAAAGGAGGAAGGCAUCACUACCACCAACCUGUCAUGGGCCUUCUUGAGGCCAGCCCCAUGAAUUAGCUCUCCUCUGGCUUCUCUAAAAGCUGAGGGGCAAUGUUGUGUCUAGUGAGAUUUAUUUAAAAAAUUUAAAAAAGUUUAAAAAAGCAACCAAUCAUACAAAGUCAGAAAAAAAGAAGUAAUUAAAACCCACAUGUGUACUGAUCCAAGCACUGGUCUCUGUAGCGCACUCCCACAGCUCAGCUCUGGCAAAGAUGGCGGUGGGCUGACGGACUUUUGCUGGACGAGAGUGGAGAUGCACUUUUAGAUGACAGGAGCAAAC